AUGGGGCCAGAUGCCUCUGGUCCUCAGCCCCUUUCCACCAACAAUAUUCUUGCUGCGGCCGCUCCUUUCAAGAAGCCGCUUCUGGACGGAUGGGAUCAGCCGGUGGACAGUGAAAGCGACAAGCGAGUGGAGGAACAAGACCAAGCUGGUGCUCAUCUGCCCCUCUUGCCUCCAGCCGUAAACCAGAUUCCCCAUGACCAUCGCUGCGCCGCGCUGACCAGUGACAUCUGCGAGGUGCUUCUCGGAGAGCUGCCGUACCAAGACUGCAUGAGCACUGUGGCAGCGUUCAUAUUGGAGAGAGAGGUUGCCGGCAGCCAGAGCUCCUGUGGGGAGUCCUAUGAGCUGGUUGCCCUGGGAACGGGAGACAUUUGCUACGAGGGCUGGAUGGAGUUCAAUGGCCGGACUCUCCACGAUAUGCACGGGCUGGUGGUGGCCCGCAGAGCGCUGAUGAGGUACUUCUACAAGCAGCUCCUCAUGUUCUGCAGCAACGACCCCGCAGCUGUGGAGAAGUGCAUCUUCUGCCUCUCUAAGGACGGGACGCACUUGGCUCUGAAGCCGAGGUUCUUUCUGCACCUCUAUCUGAGCCGCAGGCCAAGUGGAGCUUUGGAGAACUUCCACAUGGUGACAGCCCAGCCAAAGGCACCUGUGGAAGCCUAUGUCAGUUUGAAAGGGAUGCUGAGACCCAUCAAUUACUGCCGUCCUGGCACUCUGGCCUCCUGUGUCUGCUGUGUAUCUGGCAGUGACAAGCUAACCCACUGGGCCGUCUUGGGUGUCCAGGGUGCCCUUUUGAGUCACAUCAUCCACCCGGUCUACAUCACCAGCAUCGUCCUGGCCGAUGCUUACCAAGACAGCGCCAUCCUCCACCAGGUCAUCAAUGACCGGCUGCAGCUGGCCAAUGAGCGCUUGCCAGAGCCCUACCGCCAGAGCCCCGUGCACCUCUUCGAAGGCCCCAGCAUCGCCUCUCUCAACGUGCCGCCCAAAUGUCACACCUGGAGCCUCAACUGGUGUGGUGGAGAUGAAGCACUGGAGCUGGUGAACGGGACGGUGGGGAAGGCAGCGCAGGACAUCACGAACCCGGACAGCCUCUGCCGCCCCAGUCGGCUUUGCAAGGCGGCUAUGCUGAAGUCCUUCAGGAAAGUGGCGAAGGAGAUGGACAGAGGGGACUUGGCCUCCAUGGCCACAUACCACCAAACCAAAGUUCAAGCAGAGGCUUACCAGAAUGUCAAACAGCAGGUCUACGCUCAGCUGAGCUUGCAAGACUUCAGCAGGUGGUCCCAGAAGCGGCUCGUGGACAUCUUUGCUAGCUGAGCUGCUAUCCACACAGGCUAAAGUCCUUCCCAGCUUCGGCGGGAUAAAGGAAGCAGAUAAUCUCCAGUCAAGCAAGUGAAAGGUCUUGAAUAUUGUGGCAUUCAGGGGUGGGGCGGGGGGGCCCCCAGAAGUUUAAAAAUAAUUCUAGUUUCCAUGUUGUCUUCUUUUCUUCCUCGUGUUGCAGUUAGGAGUGGGGCUUUAAGUUAAAGAGGUGUUUCCGUUUGAGUUGUACUCGGGGUCUGUGUGCGUAUGAGAGUGUGUCAUCUAACACACAAAGCAGCAUAAGAAAGGUACUUUGUGUAAGAAGCUAGCAUACCCCUGAAGAUCUUUUAUGUUUUAAAAAGCUGCACGGUUUCAGAAGACGUUCAAAGAGCUGAAGUCUCCAAGUUCUGUUACUGUGGGUUCAAUCUGUGCGUUUUUUAAUGUUAAGGAAUGGUUUUAUGUUUUUUUGCUGUCAGCAUUUGGAAGUCUUCCUUGCUUUAUCAGUUAAUGGAAGAGAUAAUUAAGCCACCUAGUCUUUUGUUUCCCCUUGCAAGGGGUGGAAUUCUGGCAGGAGCUACUUUGCAUAUUAGGCCACACCUCCCUGAUGUAGCCAAUCCUCCAAGAGCUUACAAGGCUCUUUUUUGUAAGCUCUUGGAGGAUUGGCUACAUCAGCAGGGUGUGGCCUAAUAUACAAAGGAGCUCCUGCUAGAAUUCCACCCCUGCUCCUCGCCAUCUAGUUUUCAGUCUGUUUUGAGAGGAAGUCGAGCGUUAAAAUUGACAGGUUUCUGUUGAGUACUGGUGGAAAUUGAGCUUGGUGUUUGGAGUCUGGAAAAGCCCCACUGCUUCUGUACAACAAUCUUUACCAGUUUUCAUCUCAGUAAA